AGGAUCCACCUUGAAGCGGAAUGAAAACCGGUUCCGCAGGUAUCAGAUAGGUGGUUGUCACCGUUAUUUCUCAACGCAUGCGCCAUCCACCUUUUUUUCCCUUUCCUGCUUUAUUCCGUUUCAGUUUAGACGGUCUCUUACUCCCGCUGGAUAUUUUUUUCGAUAAGUAACGGCAAAGUAGCUGGGGUCCUCACCUGUAGGUGGACGAAGCGAAUGAUUAGCUAUGCUGUAGGGUACCUAAACGGGAACACCGAGCCACGAACACCGAGUUUGGCCCAAGUUUUGGAACUUUGUUGGAGGGCUACUGUGUCCUACCUUCGUCAACAGCAGUACCUGUCUGGCGAACGGUUAUCUCCUCCCUAGGUGUGCUGUGUGGAAUUUGAAAACGGGGAAAAGAAAACGUUAUAAGAACUAUUCGGUUAGUUUGUGUGGCGCUGCCUCUGAGGAAACAUCAUGCCACGAGCCUUCUUGGUGAAGAAAGCGUGUGUGGCCCCGGGAGCCCGGAACUGGAGCGAACUCCCGGACGAGGAGCGCGGAGAGAUCUACAUUCCGGUGACCCCACAUAAUGAAGGAAGCACUUGUGUUACUGAAGACUCUCAUGAAGACCAAACCACAAUUCAUUGCAAAGAACGAGCAUCUAAAGGAAUUUCAUAUUGUGCUGGUUCUUUUUUCAAAGGAUUUGGCUCUGUCAGCGUGUCAGCCACUUUGGAAAUUGUGAAUCAUGGAGAAGAACCUGAGCCCGGAAUACCAGACCACCCUCUCUGCCUGACUGUAACAGAUCGAACAGUGAGAGAUGCAGAAUACCAGGCAAUGACGCCACCUUCACCAACACUACGGGGUCUGGAGGAGGAUGAAGAAAUGCAGUCAGAUACACAAAUGGAAAAGCAAACAUUUGUUCGAUCUAAAAUAAAGGUAACUUCUGGAGACUGCUCCACGGAUACAUUAAUUUGUCACAUCUGUCAAAAGACCUUUUCGUUUCAGCGAAUGUUGAACCGUCACAUGAAGUGUCACAGUGAAGUGAAAAGGCACUUAUGUGACUACUGUGGGAAGGGCUUCAAUGACACCUUUGAUUUGAAGAGGCAUGUCAGAACCCAUACAGGUGUUCGUCCGUACAAGUGCGGCAUUUGUGAGAAGGCUUUCACUCAACGCUGCUCACUUGAGUCCCAUCUGAAAAAGAUCCAUGGUGUCCUUCAACAGUAUGCAUACAAGGAGCGUCGGACAAAGCUGUAUGUCUGUGAAGAGUGUGGCUUUACAGCUGACAACCAAGAAGGACACUUUAUUCAUUUAAAGGAGAAUCACCCUGACAGCCCCUUUCUAAAGAAGACUUCCAAGAAGAUAACUGCGGCUCUGCAAAGCACGGUGAACACACUACUACACAACAGCAAUCACAUGUGAGGAGUGUAGGAAGAGCUAGCCAUGGGAAAUGCAAUACAAUAACUCAAAAGUGCAAAGUUUUUAAGGUUUACUGUGGAGUAUAAAUACACUGAAGCCAAGUCAUUUAUUCUUAAUCUGACCAGGGUUCUGAUUUACAAGCUGUAUUGAUGUUUGUCUCCCAUGUCACUGCACUUAACUGUUUGCUGAUAUGUGGAUGCCUUCUGGAUUCUUACAGCAAAUGGCAAAUCACAUGCUGCAUAACAAAAGUACAAUUGCAUACUACUGUUUUACCCUUGCCCAAGCUUAUGUCAGUGAUGAGAGGCCAUUACUGGAUAAAUACGAUUGUGGGAGAAAGUUUCAAAACAUUAGACAUUGAGAGAACUGAAUGGCUGUCCCCAUUUGUUUUAGCAGUACUGUUCAAGUGCAUUUUGUGAAAAGCAGGUAGAUGUUAAGCAAAUGUGUACAAAUUGUUACAGUUCAUUGAGAUACUGCAAGACUGAAUUUAGCAGUGGCAAGGAUGCUGAGUACAGCUAGCAGCUGGUCUUUGCAAAUUUUUAAAACUUGGAAAAAAAAAGAACAGUACUGUUGCAGUGAUGUUUACAGUUGUUUACAGUUUUAAUUAUGAUUUUAGUUUAGAUUGAAACGGGAGUUUAGGCUGGUAUUACAUUUAACUUUGUAUUCCUAACCAAGUGCAUACUGUGUUUUGUCCUCUUUCUUUUUUUGUAGUCCCUCCCCCAUUUAUGAUGGCAUUUAUCACAUCUGCUAAAUAGUUUGGAUACUUUUCUUGGCUUAGGGUUACUCGUGUCAAACAACCACUGCUUUAUAUUGUCAAAAUCUUUAGUCAAAGGCUAGUAGUGAACAGUUUGCUUCAGCUACAGGUCAACAAUGGUUUAGAGGUGCUGCUAUUAGACUAUUCAAAAUUCAGUGCUUUCCUCAGACCUGAAAAAUAGAACAGUCUGUCACAUCUGGUCGCCCUAACCUUUACUACCUGCAUACUCAACAAUCGAUAUAUGGCAGUCUGAUAUAAUUAUAAAGUUGUUGGUCUACCUGGAGAAGUAAACCCUGCGGCCUGUUCCAGAUUAUGUUCUCUGAUGUUUUCAGCAAAUGAUAAAUCCUAUUGAAAAUUAUUAGCAUAUGGGGGUGACCAGUUCAGAAGAAUGUUUAACAGGGAUGCACUUUUUGAAACAUAAAUGCUUGAUAAGAAAGCAGACAGAUUUGACGACAGUGUUUUUGAAAUGCUAUUUUGCUGUUGCAAAUCUGUCAAGUCAUGGAGAAAGACAAAUGCUUGAAUUUUUACAAAAAAAACAGUAAUUGCAUUUUCUUUAAGUUAUGAUGACUUCAGAAAGUUAUAAGAGUUGAGGGGAAAGUGUGGGAGUACAGACUACCUCCCUCCCACAUAAAAAUCAAAUGUCCACAGUUUUAAGAACUUUUCUCCCAAUUUUAUGAAAUAUUUAAAGUUUGCUAGACUUUAAUACCCCUUUACAUCCAAUCUGUUAAGCAGCAUCGUGGAAUAUAUUGCAGUCGGCAUGCUGAAGUAUUGCUCUUGGUUGUUAUGUCUGUAUUUUAUGGAGCUCCCUCUACCAAGGCAAAAUAAGAGCUAUUUCUGGAAGAGGUGAGUUUUAGCAGACAUUGGCAAAUGCUGCAUUGUAUGGUACUGGAGCAACCAACUAGCUACAGCCUUGUCUGUUGGACCCACAGACUGAAUACUUCAGUUCAGUCACGCUGCUUGGCCUGAACCAUCCAACUGGAUAUUUAUAGAUGGAGAAAAGGCACCUCAUCUGUCGCAUUUUUUAUACAGCAGCUUAUUUACAGCAUGGACUGCCUUUCCAUUUUGCAACUUUUAUAUUAUAUGUAUGAUAAACACACUAAUUUGGAGAAAGUUUUUGACCUCCAGUGUCCUCUUGGGUAUAUGGACUAAUGUUUACAGAGAUAUUUAAAAUAUGACUAUGAUAGUUUUUAUUUAAAUAAUGUAAAUGAAAUAUUUCUUUGUCAGGGGAACUGCUUAUAAAAAAAUGAAUACUUGGUUGUUUUGAAAUGUUUUAUAAAAUUAUAUUUAACUUGCGUUUUAAGCAUAUCUGACAAUUGUUUUCAUCUUUCUGAAUUCAUUUGAUGUUCAUGAAUGGAAUAUACACAAGAAGAAAAGGAAA